AUGGCACUGAAAAUAUUGAAGAUCAGAGGCAAAACCAAGUACUCAGCCUCAAAUCUACCGCCAGGGCCAUGGAUGCUACCCGUUAUAGGAAACCUGCACCAGCUCGCUGGCUCUCUACCACAUCAAAGACUAAGAGACUUGGCCAAGAAAUACGGACCGCUUAUGCACCUAAAGCUUGGAGAAGUUUCCACCGUAGUAGUUUCAUCAGCAGAGUUUGCCAAAGAGGUGAUGAAAACCCAUGAUCUUAUCUUUGCAUCCAGGCCCCAAGCCCUUGCCCCAAGGAUCUUGUUUUACAAUUUUACAGACAUUGUCUUUGCACCGUAUGGUGAAUACUGGAGACAAUUUUACAGACAUUGUCUUUACAAAGCAGUUAUCUUUGAUAUUUUUGCUGCUGGGAGUGAGACAUCAUCUACAGCUGUAGAUUGGGCAAUAGCAGAAAUGAUAAAAAAUCCAAGAGUAAUGAACAUGGCACAGAAUGAGGUGAGGGAAGUGUUUAAUAGAAAAGGACAGGUAGAUGAAACAUGCAUUAGAGAGAUGAAAUAUUUAAACUUAGUUAUCAAGGAGACACUGAGGUUACACCCUCCGGGUCCCCUGUUACUUCCAAGAGAAUGCAGAGAAAAAUGUGAGAUUGAUGGAUAUGAAAUUCCUGUGAAAUCCAAGGUAAUUGUGAAUGCAUGGGCAAUUGGUAGAGAUCCCAAUUACUGGAAUGAGCCUGAGAGCUUUAAUCCCAAUAGGUUCCUCGAUAGCUCGAUUGACUACAAGGGAACAAACUUUGAUUAUAUCCCAUUUGGUGCUGGAAGGAGAAUGUGCCCUGGCGUGUCAUUCGGUCUGGCCAACGUUGAGCUCCCGCUUGCAUUGUUGUUAUACCAUUUUGAUUGGAAACUCCCCAAUUGGAUGAAGCAUGAGGACCUGGACAUGACUGAGGCCUUUGGCCUUGCUGUCCGAAGAAAAGACGAUCUGCACUUGAUUCCCAUUCCUUGUCAUCCUCCGCCUACUGAAAAUUCCCAAAUAUAA